CAAUCAUUUCUAUUCAUCUAUCUCAUUUCUCAUUAAGGGCCCAAUUAUUUUUUCGUUACCUGCAGCAUUUUUCCCACCCAAAACGGCUUAUGUAGAUUAAUGGGUUUGUUCCAGAGCUCAAAAUAGAAUGAUAUGCACUCGAACUUUGUUCCAAACUACUUCAAAGAUAGCAGCCCUUGCCCUUGCAAGGUCCGGUCAGAUAACAUGUGCCCGCAAGCUAUUUGACGAAAUGUCUCAUAGAGACUCGAUCGCUUGGAAUGCAAUGCUUACUAGCUAUACCCAACUGGGUUUUCACCAAGAAACCAUUUCUCUUUUCCACCACAUGAGAAUCUCUGACAUUGGGCCUGAUCACUUCACCCUCACCGCAACUUUAAGCGCGUGGGCUGGCUCAUGCAAUCUGCGGUGUGGAACCAAAGUUCAUGCUUUAGUAACUGUUUUGGGCUACCAGUCCUACUUGCCGGUUAAUAAUUCGCUUAUUGAUAUGUAUGGGAAGUGUUUGAAUCCCUCUAGUGCUAGGAGAGUGUUUGAAGAGAUGAAACUUAGGAAUGAAAUAACUUGGUGUUCGUUUUUAUUUGCCCAAACAAACUCUGGUCAGCUUCACGUUGCGCGGGACUUGUUUUCUGUGAUGCCGAGAAGGGUGGAGAUAGCUUGGAAUAUUAUAAUUGUGGGUUAUGCACGAUAUGGGGAAGUGAAGUCUUGCUUGGAUUUGUUGAAUGAGAUGAUAGAGAGUUUGCGUCAGCCGGAUCAGUGGACUUUCAGUGCUCUGAUGAAUGCUUGCGCUGAAGCAUUAGAAUUUUGGCACGGUUGCAUGGUGCAUGCUCUUAUCAUUAAAAGUGGUUGGAGCUCUGCCGCGGAGGUAAAGAACUCAGUUUUAAGUUUUUAUGUUGAACUAGGCUUCCAUGGCAAUGCAGUAAAGGUUUUUGAGUCCACUGGAAUCCUGACACAGGUGUCCUGGAAUGCCAUGAUUGAUGCCUACAUGAAACUGGGGAAUACCCACGGAGUAUUUCAGCAAGCCCCUGAAAAGAAUAUUGUAUCAUGGACAUCUAUGAUCUCAGGGUAUGCAGGAAAUGGAUAUGGGGAAGAAGCUACUACCUUCUUUGUGGAUAUGGUGAGAAGUGGUGUCCAACCAGAUGAUAUCACAUUCGAAGCUGUCCUUCAUGCAUGCUCAAGCUUGGCAGUACUUGGACAUGGUAAAAUGGUUCAUGGUUGCAUACUUCACUAUGGCUCUCAUGCUUAUGUCUUUAUUGGGAAUAGCUUAGUUAACACGUCUGCUAUAUGUGGGGAUUUACAAGGGUCAGUCCAUGCGUUCAAUGAUAUUUUCCAGAAGGAUCUGGUACCUUGGAAUGCUAUGUUGUUUGCAUUUGGAUUGCAUGGGCAAGCUACCCAAGCUCUACGGGUUUUUAAAGAGAUGGUAGAAAAUGGAGUAAAACCAGAUAGUGUGACCUUCAUUGGUCUGUUGAUGACUUGCAGUCAUAAUGGGCUUAUAGAGGAAAGUCGCGUGGUUAUUGAAACCAUGGGGUCAGUUUAUGGGAUUUCUCCUGAAAUGGAUCAUGUGGCAUGCAUGGUGGAUAUGCUUGGCAGAGGCGGUUACUUAGCAGAAGCGAAAGAGUUGAUUGAUAAGUACUCAGGAGUAGGUAGUGCUCAGAUGAGCUCAUGCGAAGCUCUGUUUGGAGCUUGUUUCGCACAGGGGGACGUAGGAGUUGGAAGAGAUCUGGGCGAAAGUCUGAAGAUAGUGGAUCCGACCAUGGCAGCAUACUACGUCGCAGCCUCUAAUUUGUAUUGUGCAAGUGGGCAAUGGAAGGAAGUAGAAAUGGUUAGGAAGAUUAUGAUGGUUGAUCAAGGGAUGAAGAAAAUGCCUGGUUGGAGUUGGAUAGAAGUGAGAAACAAGCUAAUAGCUUUUGUAGCUGGGAAGCAUUCUAAUCCAUAUAUGAAUGAGCAAUGUAAUAUUACAUUUCAUUGA